UCCCCUCUCCAGGAGUCUCUGAUAGACUUCACAGACAGCAACAUGAACAAGGUAGCAGCUGACAUCUCCCUGGCUGUGAUGAAGUUCAUGGGGGAUUACCCUCUGAAGGGACAGACAGAACAGGACCUGGUCUCAACUAUCCUAAAGCUGAGUGGGGAGUAUGGGCUGAUGAAAGAUGAAGUCUACUGCCAGGUGAUGAAACAGGUCACAGGAAACACCAGCUCCAAAACGGACAGUUGUCAGAGAGGCUGGAGGCUCCUCUACAUCCUGACUGCGUUCCAUCGCUGUUCUGAGGUCCUGAAGCCCUUCCUUUUAAAGUUCCUACUGGAUACCUGCUCCAGACCCGGAGUGCACUACCAAGGUAUAGCCAAGGCGUGUGAGCAGAACCUGAGGAGGACCUUCCAGUACGGAGGAAGAAUAGAACCCCCCAACAGCAUGGAGCUGAAGGCUAUGAUGGCUGGGCGGAGCUCCAAGAGACAGUUGUUCCUCCUUCCAGGGGGCAUCGAGAGACACCUCAAAAUCAAGACCUGCUCAGUGUCUCUGGAUGCGAUAGAGGAGCUGUGUAAUGAAAUUGGACUGCACCUACUGGAGGCCAUGGAUGAGUACGCUAUAUUCCUGGUCACACACCGAGGUCAGAAUGUCCGUCCCCUCAAUAAGAGGGAGUACAUCCUGGACAUUGCUACGGAGGCGGAGCCAGUGGACAGUAAUUAUAGCCUGUGGUUCAGGAGGGUCAUCUGGACACAGCCGCUUAAAUUUGACAACGAGCUCUGUGUCACCAUGCAUUAUAACCAGGUGUUACCAGACUAUCUGAAGGCCUUGCUGAGUGUGGUUCCCCAGAGUAAAGCCAGUGACUAUCAGAAGGUGUUACCAGACUAUCUGAAGGCCUUGCUGAGUGUGGUUCCCCAGGGUAAAGCCAGUGAGCAGCAGCUGCAGCAGUUGGCAAAACUAGCAGCAUUACAACACCGUGCCAAAGACACUGUCUUCCUACCCACCAUUGGUGAGGUCCAGGAGUGUGUCCCCCCCCAGCUCUACAUCAGACAGCCUCCUCAGCCCUGGCUCAACAUGGUCACUCAGCAUAUGCAGCAGAUCUCUCCUCUGAGCCCUCACCAGGCCAGGGCUCAGUUCCUCGGUCUGGUCAGCGCGUUCCCCAUGUUUGGCUCCUGCUUCUUCUACAUCAAGUCCAGCAGCAACAUCUCUAUCCUGGCUCCCUGUGUACUGGCUGUCAACCAGAACGGACUGUACUUCCUACACAAGGACUCGCAUGAGGCCAUGGUAAGUUACCCUCUAAACGAGGUCCAGUCCACCAGAACCCAGAGACCAACAGGGGGCGCUAGCUCCUCCUAUCCCUACGUAGACAUUCUGCUGGGAGACCUGCUGACACAGCGCAUCACACAGCUACAACUGGAGCAGGGUCUGGAGCUGUGUCGGGUUAUCGCCAUGCACAUGGAGAACAUGCUGUCUGUCCGGGAGAAGAGACUCACCCUGCCACCUAGUGAGAUCACUCUGCUAUAACACACUGUCUGUCUGUCUGUCCGGGAGAAGAGACUCACCCUGCCACCUAGUGAGAUCACUCUGCUAUAACACACUGUCUGUCUGUCUGUCCGGGAAAAGAGACUCACCCUGUCACCUAGUGAGAUCACUCUGCUAUAACACACUGUCUGGAAGAAGAGACUCACCCUGCCACCUAGUGAGAUCACUCUGCUAUAACACACUGUCUGGGAGAAGAGACUCACCCUGUCACCUAGUGAGAUCACUCUGCUAUAACACACUGUCUGUCUGUCCGGGAGAAGAGACUCACCCUGUCACCUAGUGAGAUCACUCUGCUAUAACACAC